AUGAAUUCAAAGUACAUAGUCAUAAUCGGAGGCUAUAACUUCAUAUGCGGAUCAUCACGUGAACACGCUCCAGUCUUUCUCGGUGCAGCCAGAGCUAAAGCCGUGGUGGCAAAAUCUUACGCUAGGAUCUUUUUCAGGAACUGUGUAGGUACCGUGACCAUUGAGCCUAAGGAAGAUGGUAGUAGUUUGCUGAUUAAUCAUACGACGAGGAAAUAA